UUUAAACCGAAGCCCUGGCGGCCAACGCCGGGCUCCGGAGCUGGGUGGUGGUGCCCCCACGCUGAAAGAGCGUCGGCUCUCCUGUUCCGGUUCCGAAUCAGCUCAUUGAACCAACCGAAUCAGAGAUGGAAAAAAAUGGGGAAAGUUCCAGAAAGUUCCAAAUAGCAAAUGAUGGAGUACCCAGUGAUGGAAACAGGUUCACUUUUUACCUCAGGAAUUAAGAGACAUGUGAAAGACAGAAUUUCAAAGACUGCUAAGUUGAAUGUUUCUCUUGCUUCAAAAAUCAAAACAAAAAUAAUAAAUAAUUCUUCUAUUUUCAAAAUUUCUUUAAAGCAAAACAACAGGGCAUUAGCUCAGGCUCUUAGUAGAGAAAAAGAGAAUUCUCGAAGAAUUACAACUGAAAAGAUGCUAUUGCAAAAAGAAGUGGAGAAACUGAAUUUUGAGAACACCUUUCUUCGUCUAAAGCUAAAUAAUUUGAAUAAGAAGCUUAUAGAAGUAGAAGCACUCAUGAACAACAGCUUGAUAACUGCAAUUGAAAUGAGCACUCUUUCUGAGAGUCUCUUUCUACUGCCGAGUAGCAAGAAGGAACGGGUUAGUAAACAGUGCAAACUGAUGCGUCUUCCAUUUGCAAGGGUUCCCUUAACUUCAAAUGAUGAUGAAGAGGAAGAGAAAGAAAAAGUGCAGUGUGACAGCAAUGUCAUAGCAAAGACAUCACUGGAUAGUCCCUCUUUGGUAUCAACUCAGCAUAAUUUGGAAUUGUUAUUUCUUAAAAAAAAUGAUCAGAAUGUUUGUGGUGUAAGUGAUUCAGAACAUAUUUCUUCUGUUGUUAAUAUACUUCCCAAAGAAAGCCAUUCCCACUCAGGCCAAAGUUCCAGGAGUUCUCUAAUGAGUGAGAUGAAAAAUGUCCAGUCGAUCAGCCACAGAAAGGAAAAGUUAUCACCUAGUAAUGUGACUAAAAGGAAAAAACAUGUAUCAUCUUGGGAAUCAAAUAAUGCUGCAGACAUUCCCUGUGUAACAGAUUUAGAUCAACAACAGAUUUCAAGUCCAGUAUUAAACUGGAAUAAUGAGAUAAAAGAUUGUACUAAGGAAGCAAAUAUUAAAAUGCAAAGAAACAUAUUGUGCCUUCCUGCCUCAUCUGAGUCUGCAAGUGAACCUGCUGCAGAGGGCAUGAAUCCAGUUCAGGGUAAUGAUGACUUUCAAUUGCAGAAAACUGUAUAUGAUGAUGACAUGGAUUUAACUGCUAGUGAAGUAAGCAAAAUUGUUACAGUUUCAUCAGGCACUAAAAAUAAGAGAGAUAAAAAACCAAAUGAUUGUGGAAUGAAAACUUUCAGAAAAGUGAAAGAUCCAAGCUCUGAAAAAAAGAGAGAAAGAUCAAAGAGACAAUUUAAAAAUGGUUCAGAUGUGAAUAUUGUGGAAAAGAUCGUAAAUGGACCGGAAAGAAGAUCUGUUAUCCUGGAUGGCAAAGGUGAUUCUGAAGAUCCAGAUUUUAUUUUCACUACUGAACAGCUGACUCAGUUGAACAUGCUGAAGAAAAUAAUCCUUCAUAAUGGCUUUGAUCAGGAUGACAGACAAAGUACGCAGUAUAACAAAAAGAAGAAAAGAAUUCAUGUAACAGAUGAGCAGGAGGAAACAUACUCUUUCUCCCAAAGUUCAGAUAAAUUCCACCAGGACAGUAAAUUUGAUAUGGGUCCGGGUUCUCUAGCUUAUAAGAAAAGUAAAGCUUCUAGACAGACAUUUGUGAUUCAUAAGUUAGAGAAAGAUAACUUACUCCCAAACCAAAAGGUUAAAGAAACCACCUCUGAAAACUUGGGAGUCACAAGUGAAUUUCAAACAGCUUAUCUUUCCAACAAAGAUAAUGGAAAGUUAUGUGAUUAUGAGACCCAAAAUAUGUUAGAUUUGAAAAAGCAUGUCACUGAUACGCAAUGCAAUCAGCAAAAUGAAUCGAAAAUAAAUAAGAAGCUUAGGCAGAAAAUAAAUCGGAAGACAGAAAUAAUUUCUGAAGUGAACCAGAUACUUGGGGAUAAUACUAAAGAUGUGCAAAGCCCAGAAAGAGGUAACUUUUCCUCCCAAACCAGAGGGGAUAAAGAAAUCAUCUCUGGAAACCUAGAAGUUUCAAAUGAGUUUCAAAAAUCUGCUCUUUCCGCUAGCAGUAAUGGAAACCUGUGUGAUUGUGAGACCCAGAAUGUGUUGGGUUUGGAAAAGCAGAUCACCAACGAAUACCCUGUUCCGCACAAUGAAUCAAAAAUUAAUAAGAACCUUAGGCAGAAAGUAAAUCGGAAGACAGAAAUAAUUUCCAAAGUGAAUCAUUUAGAUAAUAACAAAAGUGGGUAUUGCCCGGAAAAGGGUGACUCUUUCUUCCUAACCCAGGAUAAAGAAAUCAUCUCUGAAAACCUAGAAGACACAAGUAAGUUUCAAACACCUGCUUUUUCUCCCAAAGAUAAUGGAAACCUAUAUGAUUAUGACACUCAGAAUGUUUUGGGGGAGAAAAAGCAUGUUUAUGUUAUACAACCUGCUUGUCAGAAUGAAUCAAAAGUAGAUAAGAAGCUUAGGCAAAAGGUAUGUCGGAAGACAGAAAUCAUUUCUGAAAUCAACCAAAUAUAUAAGAAUGAUGACAAAGGAAUGCAUGACCCAGAAAAAGGUAACUUAUUUUCUCUAACCCAAAAAGAUAAAGAAAUCAUCCCCGAAAACCUAGAAGACACAAAUGAGUUUCAGAUAGCUGAUCCUUCCCUCAGAGGUAAUCGGAACCUAUGUGAUUAUGAGACUGACAACCUUUUAGGGGUGAAAAAGCAUGCUGCUGGUACUGGGAAGCAAAAUGAAUCAAAAAUAAAUAAGAGUCUCAGGCAGAAAGUAAGUCGGAAGACAGAAAUAAUUUUGGAAAUGAACCAAAAAAAUGAGUUUAAUGACAAAGGUGUAUGUGACACAGUAAAAGGUGACUUCUUUUCCUUAACCCCAAAGGAUAAAGAAACCAUUUCUGAAAACCUAGAAGCCACAAGUGAAUUUCAAACAAUUUCUCUUUCCACCAUAGACAGUGGAAAUUUAUAUAAGACCCAGAAUAUGUUGGAUUUGAAAAAGCAUGUCACCAAUAAGCAACCUGCUCAGCAGAAUGAAUCAAAAAUAAACAAGAAGCUUAGACAAAAAGUAAAUCGGAAGACAGAAAUAAUUUCUGAAAUGUACCAGAUAUAUGAGGAUAAUGAUAAAGAUGUGCAUGGCCAAGAAAGCUCUACAAAGGAUCUUGAUUUUAAAAUAAAUAAAUCAAAACAAAGACUUGAAGACCAAGGUAUUAUUAGUGGAUACUGUGUGGAAAUUAACAGUAAUGAAAGAGAAAAUUGUGAUCAAAUUUCAGAUCCUUACAAGCCAGUUAAAAAGCAUGGGAAAGAAUCAUCAGGCAAGGCAAAGACCAUUUUGGCAAAAGAUAACAACAGACCUCUUUUGCGCUUAACAGGUUCUUCACAGAUGCCUGUCUCCUUAGUACCAGAUUUAAAACAUACUACUGAUGAGGCCGAUUCUGACCCUGGAAAUCAAAUGGAACUACAUAAGAAACCGAAGCAAAGCAGAACAACUCUGAAUAAAAAGAGAGCGAUCCCCUUUGUGGAAGUGACAAAGGAAGGAGAGUGCCAGGUCAAAAAAGUAAAUAAAAUGACAUCCAAAUCAAAGAAAAGGAAGACCUUUGUAGAUCCUUCUCCAGAUAGUCAUGAACUAAUGGAGGUAAUAUCUGACACUGUUCAGGGAACAUCAGUUGAAUCUGAAUAUGCUGUUAAGGAAAAGAAUUUGGAAAAUGAGGAAAUUGCCAAAAUUAAACCUGACUUGUACACAAAAACGUUGAAAUCUUUAUCUCAGAUAUAUUCACCUAACAGACAAUAUUCUUCCUUUAAGAGUGCUCUUGAGGGUUCAAUACCUUUGAGUAUUUCUUCUAGUGAAAAUCGGAAAGAAAAUUUUGGUCUGGAGAGCUCACCCAUCUUUCAAGUAAGUGAUGAUGUGCAUGAGAAGAAGAAAGAGAUAGAAUUUAAAGUCAACCAAAGAACACAAAGAUCAGAAAUAGGUGUUAGAACACUACAGGACAUGACAAAUACCAGUUUUGUUUCAAAUAACACUGCAAAAUCUGAAAACAAAUUAGAAGAUCUAUCUUCAGAGCUGCCAAGCCGAAGAAGGAGGUGUACUCCUCUCUCUUUAAAAGAGCCAAGUCUCAAAGGGAAGAUGAGAAGAUGAGGUGAAUUUAUACAUUCUGGUUGCUCUGAAUUCUCAAACCAUAACAAGUCAAAACAAGAAUAUAAUUAGGAUCAAGAAGAUGAAAUGCAUGACAGAAAGUUUUGGGGUUUUUUGUUUUUGUUUUUUUCGUUUUCUGCCUUUUCACGGAGUGUUUAUUCUUAUGUAUAGAUAAUAUGCAUAAAAUAGCUAUUUUGUAAUAUUAAGCUUUUUAAAUUAUUUUGGUCAUCCUAUAACUUAUCUUCCUGCUCAUUUAAGCUCCUUUCAACCAAACAACGUUUAACUAAACAACAGCUAUUAGUCUUUUAAAAUGUAUUAUAAAUACUUUUGCAUUGUUAUCUUGUUGUACACCGAGCUAUUGUUUUGUUCUGUUUUUAAAACCAUUCAGUAAAUGUGAACACUAUAAGAUUUUAAAAGUUACUUUCUGCCCCGGCCAGUUUUCUCUCACCCUUCCUUCUUCAACUUUCAAAAUUACUUGUUCUAUGUCAGCUUCUGUAUUAGUUCCAUUAUAUGUAAUCUGAUGACUUGGCUGAAGGGGUAUUAAGCUCAGGUUCUUUUGAAUUUGUUUUUUAUAACUUUAAGUAGUAAAUCCUAUUCCUAUCCGAGGUUAAUGAACAUGGCUUACUGUAUUCAAAUGACUAGUCAAAUUCUGUUCUGCCUAGAUGGAAAAACUUUCUUAGACAAUAUCCAACAACUAAAAGGGUGGGCCCAGAAAUCUGCAUUUUUAACAAUCACCUCAGAUAAUUCUGGAGCAGAUUGUCCUAGGACCAAACUUUGAGAAACUGCUGUAGGACUACAGAGUCCCACAGAACUUACUCAUGUAUCAGCAAUGUUGCUUGAAUGGAGGCUAGAGGCUUUAUUGAGGGAACAGUUUACGCAGUGGUUAAGAGCUUGGCACCCUGGCAGCCUGUUCCUUUCCUGUACUCCUAAUACUUUAAGGCUUUGCACCGCCUAGAGUCAUUUUCUGGUAUUAUGUUUCCUAUUGUUUAUUUCUAUUUUUUUUCUCCUUUCGGUGAGGUUUGUCUUUUCUUUUUUCCAUUCCCAUGCUAAUUAUUUUUCAUUGUUUGUAUCAGACUUAACCUUUUCUUUUAUUGUUGGUGGAAUUUGGUCACAGUAAGAAACAAUUUUCCUAUUCCCAGAUUUUUAUAAAGAUAUUUACCCAUGGUUUCAUUUUGUUUUACAUUUAAAUUUCCUUUUUUUUUCUUAAACUGAGAAUUAAAAUUUUAUUAAUUAUUUUCACAGUAGCAUAAAUAAACCCAUUAUAUAUAAACAUGUUACACAUGUCUCAUGAGAAAAACUAUUUUCUGAAACAAAAAUAUUAGUUCAGUUUUUUCAGUAUCUAGAAUGUUGAUAAAAGGAAGAAAGGAAAAGGUAUGUUAUGAUUAUCCUGUUACAACUUAUAUUCACAGUAAAAAUACUUUAUUCUAAAGCUUCUAUAAGAAGGAAAAAAACCCAUAAAAAAUAGGAUUCUUUGCUUUGUCUUUAAAGGACAGAAUAUGAUGAAGGACAUAGUCAGCAAUAGACCACCGAACACAUGAGAGGAGAGUUUACUUUUAUUUUCCUUAUUAGAUAUUGUCAUUCAACAGUUAGGCCUAAGGAUAAAUGCCCUGCAAAACUUUACUUUGUCCUUUUAUUACAGAAAGGCUGGGCCUAGUUCUGUCUAGAUUUGGAGUAGAACGGUCUUGGGGGUUUGACUAUAGACUGGAGAGGUUUGACUAUAGACUGGAGUGGCCUGAGGAUUAGUCUUAGUGCAGCAGUUCUCAGAGUGUGGUCUGAGAAUCCCUGGAUAGCCUUAAGAUUCUUUCCAGGGAGUCUGCCAGUUAAACUGUCUUCAUAUUAUACAUUUAAAUUUCUGAUUCAUGUGGAUUUCGUUUUAUGGUAUGAGAUAUGAAUGCAAUUUUGACCCAUUCCAAAUGAUUCCCCAUUAAUUAACAAGUCCAUGUUUUCCACCACUGAUUUGAAGUGCCACCUUUUUCAGUGUUGUAUUUCCAUGUACCCUUAAAUUUAUUUCUCAAUUUUUUGUUCCCUCUACUAGUCUGUGUGUCUUUUUAUGCCCCACUACCAUCCUCUUUAAAUUAUAGAGACUUUAGGGGAGUUUCAGAGUUUCCCUCAUGAAGGUUUUCCACAUUUCUUGAUGCCUAGGCAUUCUAUCUUUUUUCCUGGUAGUAUAAACGGAAUCUUCUCUUUGAUCCUCCUCUCUACCUGAUUAUUGUUUGUAUAUAUGAAGAUCACUGAUUUCUAUACGUUAAUUACUAAACUCUUAUCGUUUGCGGUAUUUUCCUGAUAUAUCUCCUGAAAACCAAGCUAUGCCUUUUUCUCUCCAAUUCUUAAUGCCUCUUAUUGCUUUCUUAUGUCUAAUUGCAUGGCUGUUACCUUAUGUUAAAUGUUAAAUAGCAGUGACAAUAGUGCCACUGAUUUUCAUGGGAAUGCCUCUGGUUUUAUCCCAUUAAGUAAGAUGCUCUGGUUUGAGCUGGUUAUGUAUGUUUAUAAUCAUAUUAAAGUAUUAUCUAUUGACGAUUAUUUUAUUGAGUGCUUUUUAAAAAAAUUAUGAAUGAAUAUUGAAUUUUUUUAAGCUCUUUAUUGGAGUAUAAUUGCUUUAUACUGUUGAGCCAGUUUCUGCUGUACAAUGAAGUGAAUCAGCUGUGCCUAUACAUAUAUCCCUAUAUCCCCUCCCUCCCACAACUCCUUUCCAUCCUCUCUACCCCACCCCUCUGAGUCUUCACCAGUCAUCGAGUUGAUCUCCCUGUGUUAUGCAGCAGCUUCCCAGCAGCUGUCUGUUUUACAUUUGGUGGUGUAUAUAUGUCAGUGCUACUUGAAUGUUGAAUUUUGUCAAGUGACUUCUGGCAUUGAUGGAGACUGUAUUAGUUAGGGUCCAGCCAAGAGAUAAAAAUCACAAUUAUCUUAUAAAUUGUUAACCAUAUUCCAGAGAACCGAACAAGAACUGAAAAGGCAAAAGGGACUAGUGAAGUAUCAUAGAGGAAGUAAAUAUGGGAAGCACCCACCAUCUCUGGGGCUGAGGGAAUACAGAGAAAAGGAUAGAAGUACUGAAACCUAAAGGCUUAGAGGAAGACUUUAAGAAAGACUUUAAAGGCUUAGAGGACUCUAGGGGGAGGGUGUGCAACUGGUUGGUGCUGUUUCCCUGAAGAGCUACGACAAGACUGGUCUGAUGAUGUGGAAAAGCUACAAACUGGAGCCAGCUGUGGCUACUGAAGUCAGCUGUUCCUGCCAGGGUGAACCAUUUCUGUGGUGAUGCUGACAGGAACAGGAAGCAAACAGGAAGAGCAAAUGUCUCCUUCCUCCUCCAUCCUUCCAGUUCCCUCCCCUCUAUCACCUGUCACCAGAGACUGAAAGGGAGCCUGGCAAAGGAGA